AGUAUCCACACCAAAUGAAAUAUUCUUGCCAAUUGCAAACUGGGAAGUGAAAGAGAAUCCAGUCACGGAAGAGGAUAUCGGUCCAUUAGUUCAACAUGUCUUUGAGGUAAUUUUUUUUUUUUUUUUAAUAGCUGCUCUGGCAUUCUAUGUAGCACAGCCCAUUCCUUGUGCUAUAUAGCUUCUGACUUGAAAUGAUCGUCAACAAAUUGAACACUGGAAAAGUAGCAGAACUAGCACAUUUUUCCUACACUGCAGUUAUAUCCUUUACUUUGCAAUUAGGUUUUCAGUUCUUCAAAAUGCAAAGUUUAGUUAAUAAAUGUUUCAAUAUAUCUGAAAAUGUUUUAUUUUAAUGGAUGAGAAAUGUGGUUUCCUUUUAGCAGAGGUACUAUUCCUUUUCCUUAAUUAAGUCUAAUCCAUUAUUAGGAUAUUCUGAGCAAACUGUAGUUAUAUACUUCUACUACUUUUCUGCUAGUGUGUGUGGAUGUUUUAGCUGAUUUCACAAAUCUUAAGCAAUAAGGCAGUAAUAAAGUGUGACUGACUUACUUUUAUUUCUGUCAUGUUCUCCUGAAUAGAAUAUGUACAUUGCAAGAAAGCACCAACUAUUGAUGAGUUAAGAUUAUGUAUUUAUGAUUAUGCGUUAAGAUUAUGUAUUUCUGCCUAAAGAAAAAAUAAGCAAUAAGAGGUGUGUGUAUGCUUAGGUAUGAAUGUAUGCAAAUGUCUGUGUGUGAGUCUCUGUAGAUAUAAAUGCACGUACAAUUGAUGAAUAGAUAGAUAUGUAAGUAUGCACCAUAUCUUUGUGUGUAACUGUCAGAUUGUGUGUGCGACUGAGUGAUUGGUUUUGUGUGAUUUGCCGUGAGUGUGAUAUGUGUGAGUGUAUGGCUAACUGUGUAUGUAUUAAACACAAUUUUGCAUAUUGCAUUAUGUAUAUGUAUGGGCAUAUUUAAUUUCUUCAAUAUUAUUGCUUUCUUCAAUAAUGUUUUGCAUUAUUUUAUCUCUUGUUAGCUGAGGAACAAUGGUCCAAGUACAUUUAGUAAAGCCAUCAUGAUUCUUAAUUGGCCCUUCAGGUAUAAUAAUAACACAUUGUUAUACAUUGUAACCUAUGACAUUGAUGGACCCAUGGAGUGUACCAACAAUCUGGAAAUCAAUCCAUUACAAUUUAAGGUAACAUAGUUUGUAAUGUUUAUGUUCUACAUUCCAAAUGUGCUUUGUGUUAAACUGUUUAUUGAAAUCCCAACAUAUACAUUGUCAUAUUGGCUUAUGGUAUGCAAUUACCCAUACAUUGUUCUCUCAGAUAUGGUCAGGCUUGCAGCAAUCAGUCUUGAAACCCAGAUAGAAAUCUAUUAAUGUUCAACAUUAACCACUGUCACACACCAAAAGGGACUGAAAACUGAGGCAACCCACCUACCCACAGCUCUCCCAGUCACCACGACCAAGACUGGAAGGAAUUGACCGUGAUAAUACAAAAGUGUAAAUUCUGCAUUUCAAUGUGGUUGAGGAGUGCGCAGUUGAUCUAUUUUUUUUUUUUUAUAUAAAAAACAAAUAAACUGCUUUUAUAUGGUUUCACAUAAAACUGGAAACUGUUACUCAGAGAGUCUAGACAACACAAUCACUACACUGAGCUGUAAUAAUACACCAUGCUACAAUAUGUAUAUCACACAUUGUGGCCAGUAAACAAGAAAAUUAUAUUAAAAAAAUUGAAAAUAAAAUUAAUGACAGAGUUUUGUAAUCAAAAACAUGCUUUGAGUGUGGAGUUUCCUUUUUCCUUUCUAAUAAGGAUGUUGUUUUCUGAAAAUAAUUAUCUUCUUCUCUUACAGCUUACUGAUUCACAGGCAGAUGAGAAAAAUGAAACACGUGUUAAUGAAAAUCGCCAACGAGAUCGCCGUGAUGUAACCGUGGCAGAAGGAGACAUUCAGGCAGUU